CAACUCUGUUCACGCCACACUGGAAACCGUCACGAUUGUGCGCAAAACCUAAAAUUGGUAGACGGAGUGGCUUUGAAACUGAUCAUGGGGCGGUUUUUGACGCGUUGAAACAGACUAAUGUUUACAUUUUGCUUGCCCUUGCAAAAACUCGCAGAUAUUCGAGAUUUUCACUAAUUUGCAUUUUUUCCAAUUUUUUAGUUUCCAUAGCAAAAAAUCAUUUAGGUAGGUUGUCGACAAGUGUUCAUUCCAGUUUGUCAUUGUCAACGCGGUUUAAACUUUUUUGAUUCGUUUGCUGCUUUGAGUUUAGAGAUAUGACUUCCACAAAUCCGUCUUUCAAGCCGUCCGAAGGCAAACGCGAAGAGUUUCGCAAGUAUUUGGAAAAAACUGGAGUAAUGGAUGCAUUGACCAAGACCCUGGUCAACCUCCAUGAAGAAGUUGACAAGCCCGACGAUGCAUUAGAGUAUAUCCGAGAUAGGCUAGCGACUAUAGCAGGUUUAGAGACCUAUAGGCAGUUACAAAACAGGGUAAAUGAGGCUGAAGAGCGGAUAAGAGAGCUCGAAGCCCAGCUGCAGGGAGAAGGAAAAACUGAGGUACCUGAAGAAGGCGCUGCAGCAGCCGAGUUAGAAGAACAGGCACCAGCUGAAGUUGAAGAAACUCCAAAAGCAGAGGAUACAGAUUUAAUACCAGAGGAGAAUCCCGAAGAAACUCCUCAAGAUUAAUCAUAUUCAUUCUGCCUUCUUCAUUAUUAGUUUUUUUUAUUACAAUUUCCUAAGUCUUUCAACUUAGGCUGUUAAAAAUCCAAAUACCUUCAUGGGUAUUCUAUUUUGUUCUUGUGACAAAAUGUUUAAUCCCUUUUUACCUUAGUAUUAGAAAGACUUAUCAAAAUUGCAAGUUGUUGACAGGGUAUUUAAUAUUUUGAAUAAAGAAGUAAAAGUUUAAAUUACUCAAGUAGUUUUGUAAAUUUUCAAAUUUUGGGAUCAGAUAACAAAUGAAGCUAUCUACAAUUUGUUCUUCAAAAAUUCUGUUGUUAUAAACCAAAAAAAAAGGGAAUUUUAUAAAUAUUUAUGCCACAAGUUUAUUAUUUGUAUAUUAUGUUAAAUAUAGUUAUUCCAUGUACUUUGUGCAAUUAUAUUUGUUGAAGCAUGAAGGUGGCUUUAUACAGAGGAUAUAACGUAACACAGAUGUUGACUUGUUAUUUUCCAAAACAAUUUCGCCAUAUCACGAAUUAUAAAAAUUAAAUUGAUCAUGUAAACCUACCUUAAAUUCACCUAAUUAUACAAAAUGAUCAAAUUAUGCAUUUUAUUCCGUAAGGAAUAAAAAUCCAAUUAUGUUCCUUGGGAUUAAAAGAAAAACUUUCUUUUUACUUCAUUGUUAAAAUUAUUGCCAAACUCAAAGCAGAAGUAUGUGCAGAUCUGUUUUCAGAUAAAAUAAUAAGAAAUAAAAGUCGCCCAACUGUUUUAUUUCUUGUAUUUUCUGUUUUAAUGCCUCAAGAGGUUUAUGUCAUCUUAUCUUACUUGUCUGUAUAAACUCACCUUUAUUUAUUAUUUGCAUUUAUUGGGUAUCAAUUAUAUAGAAUUUAGAAUACUGACUUACUUUUGUUGAUUUUUUUUUUAUAGGUUUUUCGUUUUGUUUGACUACAUGAAGUUUUUUUUCAUUUAAUAACCCAAAGGGAAUUUUGUUUUUAUGUUUAUGAAUCAGUAUUUAGAAAUAAAUGUGAAGAAUCACUUUGGAAUAAACGAGUGAAUCUUGCCUUAAAUAAAUUAUGUACUUAAUUUACCAAUUGUAGAUUUUUUCCUUUCCUUCAUAUUCAUCAUUAUUUUCAAACUACAUACUGUUAAUUAUCUAAAUUUUUAUUCAAAUAAUUAUUUAAUAAUAGUAAUUGUGAGUAUGUAAUUAUUUAAAUUUCGGUUUAAUUAAGUUACAAAAUAGCCAAAUGUUAAUAAUUUAACAAAAAAAAAUCUAAACGAUAAAGCUUCCAUGAUAUCAUUUCGAUUGUGCAGCAAGAGCUUGGCGCCUUUUCACAUCCCAGUUAUAAACUCUUGCCAUGUUGACUUCUG